GAGGAAUAAACAGUGCUGCCCAUAGAGUGAACACUAGUCGUUUGGGGAACAAAGGGAGAAAUUUCCAGGGACAGAAUCACGCAGGGAGUGAGGGAACGAGAAAACUGCAUGUGCCUGGCUGGGGUAUAGAGCAAAGAAGAGAGAGACGAGAAGUGUCUGAAAGAGGCUGCCUAAGGACAAGGCGAAUUGUCAGAGGAAGGGACAGGAGAGAUAGCAGAGCUAUUUCAAGAGUGAGCAACAAAAGGGAACACAAGAAUCCAUAGACUGUGUAAAGUAAAAGAGGAAGGGUUCUGAGGCAGUGAGGGAAGGCCAGGACCAGAGCCAAGGCCAGGGUAGGCACGAUCGCUGAGGGGAUGAACUUCACAGUGGGUUUCAAGCCGCUGCUCGGGGAUGCACACAGCAUGGACAACCUGGAGAAGCAGCUCAUCUGCCCCAUCUGCCUGGAGAUGUUCUCCAAACCUGUGGUGAUCCUGCCCUGCCAGCACAACCUGUGCCGCAAGUGUGCCAACGACGUCUUCCAGGCCUCGAACCCUCUGUGGCAAUCCCGGGGCUCCACCACUGUGUCUUCUGGAGGCCGUUUCCGCUGCCCGUCUUGCAGGCAUGAGGUCGUCCUGGACCGACAUGGUGUCUACGGCCUGCAGCGAAACCUGCUGGUGGAGAACAUUAUAGACAUUUACAAGCAGGAGUCUUCCCGGCCACUGCACUCCAAGGCUGAGCAGCACCUCAUGUGCGAGGAACACGAAGAGGAAAAGAUCAAUAUCUAUUGCUUGAGCUGUGAAGUGCCCACCUGCUCUCUCUGCAAGGUCUUUGGUGCCCACAAAGACUGUGAGGUGGCCCCACUGCCUACCAUUUACAAACGCCAAAAGAGCGAGCUCAGUGACGGCAUCGCGAUGCUGGUGGCGGGCAAUGACCGUGUGCAAGCCGUGAUCACACAGAUGGAGGAGGUGUGCCAGACCAUCGAGGACAACAGCCGGAGGCAGAAGCAGUUGCUGAACCAGAGGUUUGAGACCCUGUGCGCAGUGCUGGAGGAAAGGAAGAGUGAGCUGCUGCAGGCGCUGGCUCGGGAGCAGGAGGUGAAGCUGCAGCGUGUCCGGGGCCUCAUCCGCCAGUACGGAGACCACCUGGAGUCCUCCUCUAAGCUGGUGGAGUCAGCCAUCCAGUCCAUGGAGGAGCCGCAGAUGGCGCUCUACCUGCAGCAGGCCAAGGAGCUGAUCAAUAAGGUCGGGACAAUGUCGAAAGUGGAGCUGGCAGGACGGCCAGAGCCAGGCUAUGAAAGCAUGGAGCAAUUCACCGUGAGCGUGGAGCACGUGGCGGAAAUGCUGAGGACCAUAGACUUCCAGCCAGGAGCUUCCGGGGAGGAAGAGGAUGAGGACAUGGCGAUGGACGGGGAGGAAGGCAACGCAGGGACAGAGGAAGAGCGGCUGGAUGGGCCGGAAGGCCUGCACUGACCCUCCCCCUGUGGGGGACUUCGCGCUCUGGGGGCCUGGCGCUCGGGUAGUGGAGGAUCUGCGCAGAGACCACCGCGCCCCUCAGCUCGGCGCCCCGCCGCUGGGGAGGGCUCAAUAAAGGGCUCAUGCAUCCCGACCC